AUGCGUUACUCCAUCGCUUUCCUCUCCGCUCUGGCCACCUCGGUCUUGGCUGCCAACUCCACUGAAUACACCUUCCCCGAGGGUUGGAACAUUGGCCUGGUGGAUGCCGACACUCGGAGCGGCUGGUGUACCGGACAGCGCAAUGCCUGCCCUGAGAUCUGCCAAACGGGCACUAAGCUCAACUCGUGCGACCCUACCACCCUGAAGUUCAGCUGUGUCUGCAGCGAUGAUUCGACACCCGAUGUGUCUCCCUACAUGCAGACCAUCCCCUUCUACGUCUGCCAGAACAACUUCGGCCAGUGCAUCACCACGCACGCCAAUGACGCCGAAGGCCAGCGCGCCUGCAAGAAGGCCGCCUCCAGCUGUGGCUCCAAGAAUGCUAGCGAGGUGUCCACCACUUCCUCUUCCUCAACCAUGGCCGCGUCCACCACUCUGGCCACGGCCACAACCACUGACUCGUCGGCCUCGGAGACCUCAUCCGUCGCAGCCGCGAGCACAACCACCAGCAACGCUGCUGCUGGUGACAUGACCAAGAUGUCCACUGGUGUCAUGGCUGGUCUCAUGUUCGUGGCCGCUCGCAUGGUCCUGUAA